ACUUCCCUCCUAUUCCCUGAACCACCUCUGCUCCUCCCAGCCUCCAGUUGCCAAUUCUUCUGCUAAUUCCAUAAGCAGAUUAUGAUAUGAAGCAGUGUGCAGGAAGGAAAAAAAUAGAGGAGACUUCCUUAAAAGGUAAUAUUAUCAGGCACUUCCAACAUGCCCAUCUCAAAAUUCUUCAUAAAAUCCUUGUUUCUCCUGUUACUACAACAUUUGACUUUGUCUUCUGAUAAUAGAAUCUUAGGCCAUCACUAUCCCCCUCAUCACUCUUUGAUUUCAGAUAAGGUUGCUCUGUUGGCAUUCAAAAAGACCAUAAUACUCGAUCCAAAUUCCACCCUUGCAAACUGGGAUGAGGCCGUUGAGGUGUGCAACUUCACAGGUGUGAGAUGUAACAAACACCAUCACCGUGUAUCAGAACUCGUACUGGAAGAUACUGAACUUGUAGGGAAGCUUUCAUCCUUCAUUUCCAAUCUCACCGGCCUUCGUAUCUUAACAAUUGUCGGCAAUCACUUCUCGGGCAACAUUCCACCUGAACUUUCCUCCCUUAGACGUCUCCGCAGUCUCAUGCUUGAGAGGAACAAUCUACAUGGUUCAAUACCAUCCUCCUUUGCCCUUCCAUCCGAACUUGAGGUACUACAAAUUUUCCAAAACAAUAUAAGCGGUAAACUUUCACCAGUCCUCUUCUCCAAUUGCUCUUCGUUGCAAAACAUAGAUUUGUCCGAAAACUUCCUCACAGGCCCAAUUCCGGAAGAUAUUGGAAACUGUUCACGUCUAUGGAACCUCUAUUUGUACAAUAACAAUUUUACUGGACAACUUCCUUUCUCUUUAACCAAUCUUAAGUUAUCCGAACUAGAUGUGGAGAAUAAUCUUCUCUCUGGCGUACUGCCUUCAGAGAUUGUGAGGAACCUACCUGAACUUGAAUAUCUUCAUUUAUCAUAUAAUAAUAUGGAAAGUCACGAUGACAACACCAAUCUUGUUCCAUUCUUCAAUGCCCUUGGAAACUGCACUCAUCUAAAGGAGAUUGAACUCUUUGGCAUUGGCCUCGGGGGGCAGUUGCCUAGUUCCAUUGGCCAACUUGGUGUCAAUCUAACAGCUCUGUCACUACAAGAAAACAAAAUCUUUGGAUCAAUUCCUCUGGAGUUGGCAAAUCUUUCAAAGCUUGAAAACCUGAACUUGGCAUUCAAUCUUCUAAGUGGAAUCAAAGCAGAAGAGAUAGGUCGAUUGUCAAGAUUGGAACAACUUUUGGUGUCACAUAACGUCUUCACCGGUGCAAUUCCUUCAAACCUAACCAAGCUUGCUCACCUGGGUCUGCUAGACCUAUCACACAAUAGGUUCUCUGGUGAAAUCCCCGCUAGUUUAGGAAAUUUGGUUCGAUUAACUUCUCUGUUUCUGAACAACAACCUUCUUUCAGGAGCAAUACCUCCAACUUUGGGAAACUGCACAAAUAUUUACAAGCUUGAUUUAUCACAUAACAGAUUGACAGGCAACAUCCCUCCAGUGGUUGCAAGUAUGCGUGAGAUCAGAAUUUUUAUAAAUCUUUCACAUAAUCAUCUUGAAGGGCCUUUGCCAAUCGAGCUUAGCACGUUGCAAAAUGUGCAAGAGAUGGAUCUCUCGUCCAACAGAUUUACAGGAAGUAUCUUCUCUCAGAUAUCGAGCUGCAUUUCAUUGAUGAAGAUCAAUUUCUCAAACAACUCUCUUGAAGAGAAUCUUCCAGAAUCCAUAGGGAAAUUAAGAUACCUGGAGUCUCUUGACGUUUCACGAAACCACUUAUCUGGGACAAUCCCAAAAAGCCUCAAUAAUAUUCAAUCACUAACCUUUAUAAAUCUCUCCUAUAACAACUUCGAAGGAAUGAUUCCUACAGGUGGAAUCUUCGACACAGUAACAUCUAUGUCAUUCUUGGAGAAUCGCCAACUCUGUAGAAAUAUUUCUGGCAAACUUAUUGGCAUCCCAAUUUGCAGUAGAAAUAAUUUGUUUCAUUCGACUGUGUUCUUGAUUAUAUUUGUCCUAGUGAUAUUCAUAUCCGUAUUUUUAUCCACUAUAUGUUGUGUGAUUGGGAUUCGGCGCAUUAGAGCGAUUAUUCACACUCGGACAACUGAAACAGUCAGAAAACCAACUCCAGUAGAACCGAUCCACAAUUUCCCAAGAAUUACCUAUAAAGAACUAUCAGAUGCAACUGCAGGCUUCGAUGGUCAGAGACUAGUUGGGUCAGGUAGCUAUGGACGUGUCUAUAGGGGAGUUCUUCCAGAUGGAACAACAAUUGCAGUUAAGGUGUUACAUGUGCAAUCUGGAAACUCAACAAAGAGCUUUAGCCGAGAGUGUCAAGUCUUAAAGAGGAUCCGUCACAGGAACCUGAUAAGGAUUAUCACAGCAUGCAGUUUACCUGAUUUUAAGGCUCUUGUUCUUCCUUACAUGGCCAAUGGGAGCUUGGAUAGCUAUCUUUAUCCGCACUCAGACACAGGUUUGGUUUCAGGUUCUUCAGAUUUGAGUCUUCUCCAGAGAUUGAACAUUUGCAGUGAUAUUGCUGAAGGGAUGGCCUAUUUGCAUCAUCACUCUCCAGUCAGAGUCAUACACUGUGAUCUAAAACCAAGUAAUAUUCUUCUCAACGAUGAAAUGACAGCUCUAGUAUCUGAUUUUGGGAUCGCGAAGUUGGUUAUGACAGCAGGAGGGGGAAAUAGUGGAGCUGUUGAAACGGAAAACUCUACUGCAAAUAUGUUCCAUGGAUCUGUUGGAUACAUUGCACCAGAGUAUGGGUUUGGAUCUACUGCAUCCACAAAAGGCGAUGUCUACAGCUUUGGCAUUAUUGUGCUUGAGAUGGUAACUAGAAGAAGACCAACAGAUGACAUGUUUGUUGGCGGGCUAAGUCUGCACAAAUGGGUGAAGAGUCACUUCCAUGAAAGGGUGGAAAGAGUGAUAGACACUUCUUUGGUGAGAGCAUCAAGAGAUCAAGCCCCUGAAGUGAAGAAAAUGUGGGAAGUUGCAAUUGGUGAGUUAAUUGAACUAGGUAUCCUUUGCACACAGGAUUCCCCAUCUACUAGACCUACAAUGCUUGAUGCAGCCGAUGACUUAGAUCGGCUCAAGAGAUACCUUGGAGGGGAUACUACAGUAACCUUCACCUCUUCUCUUGGAAUUUCAUCUUCCGCUCUAAGCGAUGACUAACAGUUUAUCCUAUUGUUGUACAUGCAUCAAAAUGCUAUCUAAUUCAUAUUAAUGGUAAAAUCUUAAUGAGGAUAUAAAUUGUAA